CAGUUACAAGGUGGGCGUGCUCAUAGCGCUAGUUUCCACCAGCAAAAUAAACUACCGGUACAUAUGCAAUUCACAGAGGUACUGUUUUUGAAACGCGGUGAGUCCUGUCGCUAACUGCAGAAUUAAAUAACUGGAUAAGUUGCUGGAUAGCUUAAAAGGACGUUUCACUACUAUAUAUUUACUUACAACCAAGGACACCACAUGGACACUCACACCACCAGUGCUAAAGUGCUUCUCAACCAUGCUACGACAUUGAAUCUGCACACGGGGAAUUUAGUAAACCGUAGCCGUCUCAAGAAGAAAUGUCCGUCUUCACCUAGUGAAGAGAUUCAAGACUGUGUUCGCGCUACACUUAGUGAGUGGUUUGCCACGAUACCACCACCAACUUCACCAACGGACUUACCAGACACAAUUGACUGCUCCAUCCCUCAAGCUACAGAAGCAAUCACACCUGAGGAGAGGGAGGAGCUGAAAGUUUCAGUCAAACUAUUUAUUUGCGAGGCAGACCUCUCUUCAAUCAAAGAUGCAGUGGAUAAGGCUUGCCAGGCCCUGGCUGUUUCCCAGCUGGACUCAGUGAUCAUUGCGCCCCCUGCUCUGCCUGAGGAAGUGAGCCAGACCCUGGACAACCUGCAGCCUGCCUGGAGUGAACUGGAAGGUCUGGUGCAAAGCCACAAGAUCGCUACCAUCGGCACCUCCGACCUGGACAAGGAGCUCCUGGAGCAGCUCUACAACUGGGCCCAGGUGAAACCCAGUAGUAACCAGGUGAAUCUGGCCUCCUGCUGUGUGAUGCCCCCUGACCUGACUGCUUUUGCAAAGGAGUUUGACAUUCAGCUACUGACUCAUAAUGACCCAAAAGAACUGAUUACUGCUGCGAGCUUCCAGGAAGCAGUGCAGGAGAGCACUCAGGACCUGAAGGUGGCAGACUGGAGGUUGGAGUGGGUUUUGCGUUACUCCAUCAUAGUCAAAAGCAGGGGGAUCAUCAAAGCAAAAGGCUACCUUGUUCACGCAAAGAGAAGCAGCCUGUAGCAUGUCCUCUGAAAACCAGUUGUUCAGAUGUUAUUCAUGACCAAUGCAUUCAUAGUAAUGAAACCACUUACCCUUCUGCAUUGCAGUGGAAGCUGUGUUUUAAAGACUGAUAGGUAGCUAAACUUUUAUCCAACAUGGUUUCAAAGUGGAUUUUUCUCCUUUUCUCCCCGCAUCUACUUUAUUUUGCUGUAUCAAGGAUUAUGGGGUAUUAUGAAAAAAUGAUGCAUUGGUACCACAUAAUUUGUAUUUUAGUACAAUGGCAGAAUUAUUCAAAAGCAGUUUAAAGGGGAAACACAGCCUCUAACCCACUAUGGAAAUGUCCUAUGAUAUUUUUACAUUGUAAAUUUGGAUCUGUUGUUAAAGCUUGAGUCAUAUGUAAAGUCCUAGUGCUCUCUGAUGUGUAUGAGCAGCUUCUACUGUAUAAUACUGGCACCCUCUAUUGGCAAUGGGGGGGAUUAAGGCCUAAUUACAAUUGACAUUUAUGGUUAGUUCAGAAACUAUUUUUGAUUGUGUACACAUUUUAUUUGAAACAAAUCUAGUGAUACUUUAUGGAUGUUAGUAUUGUCAUGUCAAACAUUUUAAUAUAUGUUUAAAGCCCUGUACUUACUGAGAAUAUACUAGGACAGUGGUUCCCAAACUGUGGGGUGCGCCUCCUCGGGUUUAAAUUAGUAGGCUCAGCACCUUUAUUGUGUACAUAAUAGCACUGAAAAAUUCCAGAUUGGCAUGGAAAAUGAAUUACAAGCUCUGAAGUGUCUGGAUUGAUAAUGCCUUAUUCAUCAUGGCUUUUCUUCCAGACAUUGUCCAAAAAGUUUGAUUUCUCUCUUGUACUGUAAUUAAAAUGUUGCUAUUUUCUGUAUAUCAUGUCCUAGAAUUGGGUUUAUUAAAUGAUGAAAGACUUAAGUGUUAUUUUAAAAUGAA